AUGGCUCAAAUUGCCUUUUGGAGUGUUGUAACAGGUGUACUGGACAAUCUGCGACAGAGGAAACAGAUCUCCAAACUGACAUACAAUGUGUCUGCCAAAGACUUACCUGAACUUGGCAUUGGAGAGCCAAUCCAUAUGAAGUCACUCCCUGGUGACAGGACUGGUCACUGGAGACUGGGUACCUGUGUUCAGAGGGUUGCUCCUCGUUCAUAUCUUGUAGAUGUGGAAGGCACACUCUACCGCUGCAACCGAGUGGACCUGCGAGUGACAGAACUCACCACACAAUCCUAUGAGCAACCUGCACCUGACCCUAAAGAGGCAUUCAAUCCCCUAGUUCUGCUGGACCACAUUAGCAAGGCAUAG